AUGAGCUGCCAUGUCUCUUGUGAGUGGCCACCUCCUGGGCAACGCAAUCGCUACGACCAACUGCCGUUGCACCCACCAUCAGCCAGUCGCCUCCGCAGCAGCUAUGGGCGCGGAGGUCGGGGGCCCCGUCUGGCGGCACCCUCUGAAGAGCUCCAGGGGCGGGGGUCGGUAUUGGCGGCAGCGGCGGCGGCGGCAGCAGCACUGUCAGCUGGAGGCGGGUUCAGUGGGAAGGGCCGGGGGCCUGGAGGUGGCAAGGAUGGUGGAGGGGUGGAGGUGCUGUCCGAGACAAGAUUCGAGGAUGUACGACUGCAUGCGAGGGUGGAGCGGCAGGGUGGGGAAUACAAGGUCGUCCUGCAGCUGCCCUCCCCCGCCUCCCCCCUCUCACCCCCCUGGGUUCUCCAUUGGGCGCUGGACGAGUGGUCCCCACCCCCCCUGGACUGCUGGCCCCCGGGGACCGCGCGUGCGGAGGGGGAAGGGGGGCGGGAUGACGGACCGUGUCAAACACACUUCCCGCCGGAUGGGCGACUGGAGAUCAGCUUUGCACCGGGCACCUGCCCUUCUCGAGUCGUGUUUGUGUUGAAGCAGCCGGCGGCGGAGGGCAGCGCUGAUGGCAGUGGCGAGGUAUGGUACAACAACGGCGGAUCCAACUAUGUCGUACAGUUGCGGGCGCCUCCGGUCGAGACGUUCAUUGAGAAGGCAAGGCGGGUUCUUGCUGCCGAGGGCAGCUACACGCACUGGUCAUUGGCUCAGAGGAUGAUGCUGACCGGCGAGGUGCUGGACGCGGCGGAUGCAGCGGGUCCGGAGGGAAUGGCGUUCAUCUUCACAUGGCUACGUCUAAGCAGUACACGUGUACUGGAUUGGUACCGCAACGCCAACUUCCAACCGCGUGACGUGGCUGCCGUACAGCAGCAUGUCGGGGAGCGCAUGGCGGAAAAAGCCCGUUCCUCCUCCCACCCCCUCAACCGCCUGCUGGCCCGGGGGGCCCUAGCCGGUCUGCCUCGGGGCGGGGGCAAUGGGGACGACAUACGUAUGGGCAUACUGCACAUCAUGAGGGGCUACGGUAUACGGGAGGGGCACAGACCGGGUCACGACGAGCCUUUCCUGGAGCAGUGGCAUCAGAAGCUGCACACCAACACCUCCCCCGAUGACGUCAUCAUUUGUGAGGCGUAUCUCGCCUUUCUGCACAGCGGCAACCAUGACGACUACUGGCGGGUGCUUUGGGAGCGCGGUCGGCUCUCCCGGGAGCAGCUGGGGUCCUGGCCUAAGCCGCUGACGGCCUGGCCGCAACACCUGCCGCACCUCAUUCCAGCCUUCCAAGGCUAUCUGUGGACUCUCAAGAACUGGUUCCGUACCUCCCUGGAGCGCACCGACCUUGGCGCACUGGCCCGGGACGACCUCAUCGAGCUGGUGGGGCUUGUACUGCGGAGUGCGCAGAUUACUUACGAGGAUGAGGAUAUGGCGCAGUGCGGUACACUGUGGGAGCGUGUACGACAAAGGGGGCCCGGUGCCGUACAAGGAUCGGGGGGUCCAUUACCAGGCGAGCGGUGGGGCCGGGAGUGGGCGGUUGCGGCGCUGGCUGCAGCGGAGCGAGUGGAGCUGUCGGUAGCGGCGCAUAUGGACAAGCUGUACGGGCUGGUGCAGCCCCACGCUGCCGCCUUCGGAUCCACCUGCCGUCUGGAUCCCGUCCACGUCACCAACUUUGGCGAGGAGGUGGUCCGAGGUCAGACGUUGUUCGUUGUCAGUUUGUUGUUGCAACGGUUGGAGCCCCAACUGAGAGAGGCGGCGGGGGGGGCACCGUGGCAGAUUGUCAGCCAGGCCGGCGGCGGUAGUACGGCAGCUGCAGUAGCGGGUCGGGUGGUGGCUGUAGCAUCGCUUUCCGAGGUUCAGGGCAGCAGCUACAGCCAGCCCACUGUUCUGCUGGCGAGCGCCCUAACCGGCGUGGAGGACAUACCUCCAGGCGUGGUUGCCGUACUGACACGCAGUACGACAGACGUGUUGUCACAUCUGGCCAUUCGGGCGAGGAGUCAACGCGUACUGCUAGCUACCUGCUUUGACGACAAUGCAUGGAAGUCCUGGCAAGGACUGGCGGCGGCGGAGGCCUCCGCCGCGGCUGUCGUAGACCCCGCCGUCCCGGAGCUGACGUCAGCUUGGGCCGUAUCCGAGUCGUACUUCCGGCUGGGGCUUGUGGGCGCCAAGGCCCUCAACUUGUCGACCCUGCGGCGGCGCCUGACGGAGGCCGCCAGUGGCGGCAGCAAGUACGACAUUGGGGUGCCGGCGUCGGUGGCUCUGCCGUACGGCACCUUUGAGCGGGUGCUGGCGGAGGAGCCGCGUAAUGCCGCGGCGGCGGCUGAGGUGGAGCGCCUGACGGCGGCGGCGGCUGUGGCUGCAGCGGCGGGGGGUUUCCCGCGGGACGAGCUUGAGGAGUUACGGCGUGUGGUGGAGGAAGAUCUGGUAGCGCCUCCGGAACUUGUACGGCAGCUGGCGGCGGCGGCAGCGGAGCAGGGCCUUAUCCCCUCCGCUGAUCUUUGGUGGUCGCCCUCGUCUUCCUCCUCCUCCGUCACCGCCACCAAUGCCGACGACGGUGCUGAGGGCGCUAUCUGGGCUGCUGUCUGGUCCGCCGUGUGCCGUGUGUGGGCCUCCAAAUGGACCGACAGGGCCUGGCUGAGCCGGCGGGCGCUGGGUAUUGGGGAGGGGGAGCUGUUCAUGUCGGUACUGCUGCAGCAGGUUGUGCCCUUCCGGUAUGCGUUCGUACUGCACACGUCCAACCCCGUAACCCACACGCCCGGGGAACUGCUCGGGGAGGUAGUGGUGGGUAUGGGGGAGACGCUGGUGGGCAAUUACCCGGGGAGGGCGCUGGCCUUCACAUCGGCAGCAGACAGCGGCCAGGCGAAGUCUGACGGGGGGAAAAUAGAGGGGGGCGCAGCGCCAUCCCUCCCCCACCCUCUCAUCAUCGCGCGAUCGGACGCCAACGCAGAAGACCUUGAGCAAUAUGCCGCGGCAGGACUGUACGACAGUGUGACCCUCCAGCCGCUGGUUCCCCGCCCCCCCGACUACGCCGCCGACCCCCUCUUCGGCGACCCGGGGUUCCGGGGGGAUCUGCUGGGGAGGUUGGCGGGGCUGGGGAGGAGGGUGGCGGAUGUGUUUGGGGGUCGAGACCAGGACGUGGAGGGGCAUCCCAACGAUACAAUCUAA